AACACGCCCCGGCUAGGCAGCCGUUGCCGGAAGUUCGCAGUGGGGCCGGCACGGCGUGAUUCCGACGCCUGCGCGAGGAUGGUAGAGGAGAGUGUCCGCGUGGUUCGCUGCGGCGGGAGCCGCCUGAACUUCAGGAGAGCCGUGUUCUCUGCCGACUCUAAGUAUAUCUUCUGUGUCUCGGGUGACUUUGUUAAGGUCUACAGCACAACCACGGAGGAGUGUGUGCACAUUCUGCACGGGCACAGAAACGUGGUGUCUGGAAUCCUCCUCAACCCCAACAACCAUCUGCAGCUCUACUCUUGUUCCUUUGAUGGCACAAUUAAGCUGUGGGACUAUCUUGAUGGCAUUUUGAUAAAGACUUUCGUCGUUGGACCUAAACUCCACGCCCUCUUCAUUCCUCCCCAUGCCGAAGAUUCUGUCUUCCUGACAAUAAGUAAAGAGGAGCCAGACGUGUUUCAGCUGGUUUCAGUGAAACUGCCCAAGUCACCAAGCCAGGACGUGAAAGCUAAGGAGCUCACCUUUGUUUUGGAUUACGUAAACCGGUCCCCCAAGUGCAUUGCCUUCGGAAAUGAGGGAGAAUAUGUUGCUGCAGUCCGGGACUAUUACUUAUCUGUUUAUUUUCUGAAAAAGAAAAAAACAUGCAAUUUUACUUUACCAUCAACAAAAAAUAGGAAGAAUGCUAAGAACAAGUUCACAUGUGUAGCUUGCCACCCAAAGGAAGACUGCAUCGCAUCUGGUCACAUGGAUGGCAAAAUCCGCCUUUGGAGGAAUUUUCAUGAUGAUAAGAAGUACACAUACACGUGUUUGCAUUGGCACCAUGACAUGGUUAUGGAUCUGGCUUUUACAGUCACAGGCAGCGGUCUGCUGAGCGGCGGGUGCGAGUGUGUGCUUGUGGAGUGGCGCGAUGGCUCAGAGAAGAACAAGGAGUUUCUCCCCCGCUUGGGAUCUACCAUUGAGCACAUCUCCGUCUCACCUGCAGGAGACCUGCUCUGCACCUCUCAUUCUGAUAACAAGAUAACAGUUAUUCACCGAAAUCUUGAUGCAUGUGCAGUGAUUCAAGGCCUCGUGAAAGAUAAGAGUGUGCCUACUGGCUUGAUGGUUGACCCAAGAACCAGAGCUUUAGUUUUGAAUGGGAAGCCUGGUCACUUGCAGUUUUAUUCCCUCCAGAGUGACAAGCAGCUGUAUAAUUUAGAUAUCGUUCAGCAAGAGUACAUCAAUGAUGACGGCCUAAUCCAGAUUGAACUGACGAAGGCUGCCUUUGGCUGCUCUGGCACUUGGCUGGCAACAGUUGAACAACGGCAAGAAAACAAAACUGAACUGGAACUGCAAAUGAAACUGUGGACCUAUAGCAAGAAAACCCAAGGGUUUGUUCUGAACACAAAGAUCGCCAUGCCACAUGAUGACCAUAUCACAGCGCUCUGUUUCAAUAAUGCAGAAAACCAUGAAAAGCCUAUACUGGUCACGGCGAGCAGAGAUGGCCACUUCAAAGUGUGGAUGUUGACAGAUGACUCUGAUAUAUACAAAAAAGCCAUUGGCUGGACUUGUGACUUUGUGGGUAGUUACCACAAGUAUCAAGCAACCAACUGCUGUUUCUCUGAAGAUGGCUCCUUAUUAGCAGUUAGUUUUGAGGAAAUAGUUACAAUAUGGGAUUCAGAAACAUGGGAACUAAAGUGCACAUUUUGCCAACGAGCUGGGAAAAUAAGGCACCUUUGCUUUGGAAGAUUGACAUGCUCCAAGUAUCUUCUUGGCACUACUGAGAAUGGCGUUCUCUGCUGUUGGAAUCUGCUCAGCUGUUCAGUGCAGUGGAGUGCGAAAUUAAAUGUUAGAGUUAUGGAAGCUGACCCUUACUCAGACCAUGUAGCUGCGGUGUCUCAGUCCUCAGUGGGCUCAGAUCUGUUUGUAUUUAAACCUAGCGAGCCAAAGCCAUUGUAUAUUCAAAAGAAUGUUUCCAGAGAGGAAGUCCAGUGGGGAGUGUUUGUCCCACGAGAUGUCCCUGAGUCGUUCACCUCAGAAGCUCACCAGUGGCUGAACAGAUCCCAGUUUUAUUUCCUAACUAAAUCACAGUGUUUAUUAACAUUCGGCAUAAAGUCUCCAGAAGAGAAACUCACACCAACAAGCAAACAGCUGCUGGCAGAGGAAAGUUUGCCAACGACCCCAUUUUCUUUUAUACUGGGAAAACACAGGCAACAGCGGGAUGCAAAGUUAAGUGAAACUUCAGAGAAUGAACUGGUACAACUCCCCUUAACAGAGAACAUACCUGCAGUUAAUGAGCUUCUUCACACUCCAGCCCACGUACUGCCAUCGGCUUCUUUCCUGUGCUCUCUGUUCAUAAACUCAUUGCUGCUCUCUAAAGAGACUAAAAGUGCUGAAGAAAUUCCUGAUAAUGUAGAUAUGGAGGAAAAAGAAGAAAGUGACAAUUCGGAUGAAGAAAAUGAUUUUACUGAAAAAGCCCAGGAAGCAAAUAACAUGGAUUUGGGAGAAGAUGUUAUACAUCAGCUGUCAAAAUCAGAAGAAAAAGAGCUGAGAAAAUUCAGAAAAGUAGACUACAGCUGGCUGACUGCUCUGUAGGCUGUGCCUAUGGAACAGCACAUGGACAUUGUUGUACUUAAUUUUUACUGUCUGUUAAUACUCUAAUUUUUUAAAAAUUUAUUCUUAAGACAAAAUAGUAAAAAUCUUUUGUUUACUUG